AUGGAUUUAAUCACCACCAACAAAUCAAUCAUUUGCAUUCUAGGAGAUUACAAAGAUAAAUUAAAAAGUCAAUUAACUAAUUUUGAAGGUGGUAUGCAAUAGUAAGAAAUCAAAUCUAUUUAGAUUCAUUAUUUUGCUUGAAUUGGAUUAUAAAAAGAAAUCUCAUCAAGGUGGGGGAAUCUUUAAAUUGUCAUGGCUUCACAAAUUAAAAACUGUAUUUUUAGAUUGUAUUUAUUUUAGUUUCCCUCUGUUGUUAUAUGGAUAUAUGACAUCUCUGAACGUAUAGAUUUGAAUUAUUAUAGCUGAGAAAUUGGAUAAACUAUUAGAAAAUUACAAUAUCUUAAAGUAAACCAUUUCAUUAGCUAAAUCCUUCUAACCUAAAAUCAUGAUAGUACUUACAGGCAAAAAUGUGGGAGGACUUGAUUUUAAUUACCUAAAGAAGGAAAUUGAUUUAAGAAAGGUCUUUGCAGUUGAAUUUGAAAACAUCGGUCAACAAUUAAAAAGGUAAUCUUAAAGCCACUAAAUUUUAAUUUAGAAUUAAGAAAAUGAUUGUGGAUGACUCAGGCACUUUCUAUUAAGAACUAUUUAAUAAGUAUAAGUCUGAAACCAGCAAAUUGUAAAAGUCUGAAUUGAGUGAUUAGAAGUUGAUUUUUGAAAUCAAGAAAACUCUAAUUAGUGAAAUUGAAAACAAUGCAAAAAAGGCAAAUAAACAUAUGUAGACAUCUUAUGAAAUUGUGACUUUAUUGGCAACAAAAAGGAAAGAUUACUUAAAUUUUACAGAUGAUAAUUCAUUCUUCACUUCCUAUGAAUUGAUUUAACAAGCAGAAGAAUAUAGAGAAGUAUUAUCAUGUUUCAAAAUUAUAGAUUGCUGAUCAAUUAAGAUUCAAAUUAUUCAGAAAUUUAGAUAUUCAAGAUGUAAUUUAACACUUUGAGGUUCACUUCAAAACCUUUAAAAAUUUAAUAUUCCACAAAUUUUUUGAAAUACAAGAAUAUUUAUGGAGAGUCAAAAUCUUUGUUGCUAUUAUUAAAUUUAUUGAAUCUAAGCUAAUGGUAACCAAUUAUACCAUUGUGUAUAACUAUUUCCAAGUACAUAUAUAUCAACUAAUAAUAGGCAACUUUGUUAAGUUACAUCAAAUUGAUACAACUUAAUGAUAUGUUCUCAGAUUAAUCGAUUCAAUAGUUUGGCUUUUUAAUUUCGAAAUAGGAACCAGAAUAUUUAGGAAGACCAAAUUACUAAAUUCGAGAAAAAGAGAAUGAAUAGCCUAUUGAUAUAAAAUCAGAUUAAAAGCUAUUCUAUUUUAAACACAUUAUCAAUUAUAGAAGAAAUGAAAUUAAUUUAGCCCCGAAUGUGUAAUUCAUUUUUGAUUUCUGGAAACAGUAUAAUGAAAAUAGUUAGAAUCAAAACAAUUAUGCAAAUGUUUAUUUUAAAUACUUAUAAAUAUUAAUCACUUAGAACUUUGAAUUAAAAUCCUAAAUUGCUGAUCAAUUAAUUUCUUAUGGAUUAAUUGAUGAAUACAAAAAUAUCCUAUACUUAGAAGCCUAAUCUGCAUAAUUGACAAAAUAAAUAUAAAUUUAUAGCGAUAUUUUAAUAUAUGAGCAGGAUAAAAUUUAAGAUAUCAAGAAAUUGGCUUCGCAAUUAAAUGAAAACUUAGAUAUUGUUAUUCCUGCUAAUACUUUUAUAUCUAUUUCUAAACUUGAAUCUGAUGAACAAAGUAUUCAGCUAAAAAUAGAUAUGAAUAUAACUCAGCAAAUUUUAGACAUGAUUGAGACUGGAUUAAUUAUCAGUAAGAAUCAACAAAUUGAAUUUAUUGCAACCAAUCAUACUAUUAUAAAAACAGAUAAAAAUAUAGAAAAACCAGUUCAAAUUCAACUUUUUGGAAAAUAUUUGUAAUUUAAUUUUUUUAAUAUAUGUAGGGAUAAAUUAUCAAUUAAAAUUAUUGCUAAAGAUGUAGAACUUUAUUCGAACAAAUAUAAAGUUGGGUUGCUAUCCACUUAUAAAAGAGAUCCUCCCAUUAUUACAUUUAAGUAGGACUUUGCCUAUAUCAACGAAUUAAAUGAAAUUGAGGUGGAUUUGAGUUAUCAAACUGAGGUUGAGCUAUUGAAUUUUAAUUAAAACAAGAAUUGUCUCCUAAAAUUAAAGGAAACUAAUAAUAAUACAAUAAAUAGCAGACAAUUUACUUUACAAAUUACAGAUAGCAUUAUUCAUGAUAGAAUUGUUGGAUUUAAAAUAUAAGGAGAGGAAUAUUUUAAGAAGAUUAAGUUUGUUUUCCCAUUUACUUACUUUAUAAAAAUAAAAUAAUUAAGCAGUGUGUUUUAAAAUGCUCAAAAUAGAAAUCGAAAUACUUUGAGUGUUUUUAGUAAAUGUGCAGUUUAAUUGGAAGUGUAAAAUAUUGAUUUGAUUGAAACUGAAUUUGUACCAUCUGUUGAUCUUGAUUUUUAUAAUAAAAACAAAUUGAAUGUUAUUUUUAUGACCAGGGAUUAAACUACUUACUCCAAUUUUGGACAAUAUAAAAUCAAAUAUUCAAGAAAUUAGAUGAAUUAUGAAGCUAUAGUUGAUGUUGAGAAUGUCAAUGUGAUAUCAUAUUUGCAGAAUGUGGAGAUAAUAUCUCCCCCUACAUCCAACGCAUAAUAGACCUUUGAAAUUGUUGUCAAAUUAAAGACUAGAGAACCAUAAAAUUAUUUCAUUCAGUUAAAGGACCAAGAUAAAAAGCAAUUCUUUAUAAUGGGCAAGAUAAAACAGAUGAAAUUUGUGGAGGACGAAGCAAGUUUUUCUUAUUUAUUAUUUCCAAUUGAAUUUGGAAAGUGCAAUCUUCCUGGAAUAUUAAUUGAAAUCAGACAGCCCAAUAAUCCUAGUCAGUUAGUUUUCGAUUCUUCAGGAAUGAAAUCCAUUUUAAUAUUACCUUGA